CAAAACAACCACGCUGCCUACGUGCAGCCCCGCGUGCCAGCAUCGCGGAUCAUCUGGCAACAGCUGAGUAAACGCACCAAAGGCUGAAAAGCGCAAGUAAAAUGGCCGUGCUGUGAUUGAUUUUGUUUAUCGAGUGGCCAGUUGGUUAUGUUGUUCUCCCAUUUAGUUCAUAGCGCGUAAACAAAUUGGGACGGGAACUUCUCGCGACCACCGAUGGGCAACACCGGUUCGGGCAGCAAGCGUGACCGCGCCUAUUCGACGGACACGGACACUCCGUCUUCUCCGGGCAAAGAUGACCGCGCUUUCGAGUUCACCACUGGCAGCUCGUCGCGCAAGAGCCGCUUCAUCUACCAGGCCUCGCUGGACGACUCGGACGACAUUCCGAGUUUCAGGAAGGGUGGCGACUCCGAGAUGCGACCGCGAGCCUCGACCAUGGAAGGCGGCGGAGGCGAGCAGCCAAAGGCCACGCUUCCCACCGUGUUCAAGUGGGAAGGCGGCGGCAAAGACGUCUGCAUCAGCGGCACGUUCACAAACUGGAAGCCCAUCCCGAUGGUCCACAGCCACGGCGACUUCGUGGUGAUCCUUGACGUGCCCGAGGGCGACCACCAGUACAAGUUCAUGGUUGACGGACAGUGGGUUCACGACCAGAACGAGCCGACCGUGGACAACGACAUGGGCACCAAGAACAACCUCAUCAACGUCAAACAGUCCGACUUCGAAGUGUUCGAGGCGCUCGCCAUGGACAGUGUGGGCUCGGGCACCCAGAGCGUGUCCGGAUCGCCUCCCGGCGAUUACGGCCAGGAGUUGCCGCAGGCCAAGCCGUACGAAAAAGCGACCGGACCGCCCGUGCUGCCGCCGCACCUUCUGCAGGUCAUCCUCAACAAGGACACGCCGCUGCGUUGCGAACCGACGCUCUUGCCCGAACCCAACCACGUCAUGCUGAACCACCUGUACGCCUUGUCCAUCAAGGACGGCGUCAUGGUACUCAGUGCCACGCACAGGUACCGCAAGAAAUACGUCACCACGCUACUGUACAAGCCAAUUUGAAAAGAGACCCCUUGCCCCAGCGCGGCCAGUUUUUUAAGUGUCACGUAGUCGUUUACGAAUAGCCGCAGUUUUAUCCUGCCCUCCUCCGCAUUUUCGAUAAUUUUUUCACCCCCUCAGUUCUUCCUUUUGGAGGGAAAGCUUUAGGAUGUUAUAAUUGCCGCUCGCUUGUUGUGUUUAUUAAAGUCUAUUCGGUUGACUCACUACCGGUGAUGCAUUCCAUGACCUGACCUCCAGACGCCUGACUGUUGACGGUGACCCCUGGCGUUCCUUCGGGCAAUAAUGAGAUCUCAAGCAUGACGCUGUCAGUGACCGUCUGUGCAUCCAUUGCCUGCAUGAGCCAGAUGUACGGUAACAGAGCAGCUAAACGUGCCUGGAUGUCCAUCCUAUCCUUGCACCUUUCAAUCCAACAAGUGUCACCGCAGACGACUUUUGCAGCUGACUGUUUUACUGUAGAGAGCAUCCUUGAUGUGUAAACGGUUUGGUAGAGAAUUGUAUCCAUAGAUAAUCAAAAGGUGCCAAUCUACAGUGGUACGUUCGGGCCCAGCCGAGCCAAAUAGUCGAUCAAACAUCAUGCUCCUGAUAAACUCGAUUGCUAUGUGUGGUACCAAACUUGCUAUGCGCCAAGCUUUUAAAAAAUAUAUGUGCUUUGCAUGAAUUGUACGUGCCUGGAACAUAGAAGCGUGGUGGAAAGCUUGUGCCACUGUGGUGCUUACUGCCAGCACUAAGUUUGUGUCUACGUCUUCAUGACUAUGAGAGUUGGUCACAGACGUAAGUUCUGUGACUAAUGAUUUAUGUGCGUAGACGCAAGAGAAAGUGGUUGUUAUGGAAUGUAAACUGACAGUGCGCAUCCCUCUGCGAUGUGAGAUGACUUGCCUGAAAAAAGAAAAAAAAAAUCUGCAGCCUUCCUGCUUUUCCUGAUAAAGAGAGCUUUGUUACUCAAAA